AUGGAAGCGCACAACAACACAACAAUUGAGCGUCUCAAGAACGCGACCUGGUACUUCUUCGAUCUCGACGACACUCUCCACGAAUUUCGCAAGGCAUCUUCUGCCGCCGUAGACGCGACACUCCACCUCAUCCUGGAAUACCACGCUCACCAUAAACUUUCUUCCUGCAAGCCGCUCACAGUCGCCGAGCUAAGAGCGGAAUACCUCAAGAUCCUCAAAACCGGCACAUCUGCCGCAUUCGUGGAUGGCAAAUCAAGCCAUGAGUACCGCGCCGAGCGCUUUCAGGGUGUUAUGAACGCUUUUGGUAUCGAUUGUACGGAGCAGCAGAUGCAGGUAUUGCUCGACACGUACGAAACUGCAAUUAUGCAGAAUCUGCAACUCAAGGAAGGCGCUAUACCACUCCUUCAAACACUCAAACAACAAGGAAAGAGCAUAGCGAUCAUCACCGAAGGCCCUCAAGAUUCGCAGGAACGUACGGUUGCUGCUUUGGGCUUAGAGCCGUAUUUCGACAGGCUUGUUACAACGAAUAAGCUUGGUGUGGCGAAGAUUGACGGUCUUUUUGGCAAGGCGUUGGAGAUGAUUGGUGUGAAGAGCGAGGAGGUGGUCAUGGUGGGUGACAGCUGGGAUAGGGAUGUUGUUCCCGCGGUGGAAGCGGGUAUCACGUGUGUGUGGUUAGCUGAGAAAGACGAGGGAGGAGAGAGGAUGGUUGCUUUGGGAGGGGAAGAGAAGAGAGUGAUGGUAGUGGAUUCGUUGGUUCGGUUGCAAAGCAUAGUCCUAGAGUCCUCGUAUUGA